GGAGCAGAAAGCAUCAAAGAUUUAUUUCUUCCAUAGAUUUCCUUAUUUCCAUACUCUCUUAUUAAUUGCGGGGCUAUCAUCUUUAGCUGGUUGAACUUAAAGUUAAGCUAUUUGGAUUUAACUUUCUUUCUUAGAUGGGUGAACUCAAGAAGUUGGUGGAAGAAGGGAAAAUAAAGUACAUUGGUUUAUCUGAAGCUAGCCCUGAAACUAUAAAGAGAGCACAUGCGGUUCAUCCCAUAACUGCAGUACAAAUGGAAUGGUCGCUUUGGACUCGUGAAAUUGAGGAAGAAAUAGUCCCCCUUUGCAGGCAACUGGGAAUUGGGAUUGUUCCAUACAGCCCUCUUGGUCAUGGUUUCUUUGGUGGCAGAGCAGUUGAGGAAAGUGUGCCCGCAAAUAGUGUUCUGGGAAUUCUCCCAAGGUUUCAAAGCGAAAACUUGGAAAGAAACAAGAUCUUAUAUCUGAAAGUAAAGAAGUUGGCUGAGAAGCAUGGAUGUACCCCUGCACAACUUGCACUUGCCUGGGUUCUUCAUCAAGGAGAUGAUGUAGUACCUAUUCCUGGAACAACCAAGAUCAAAAAUCUUGAUAGCAACAUUGAUUCACUCAGGUUGAAGCUCACUGAAGAAGAUUUAAAAGAGAUUAGUGAUGUGAUCCCCAUAAAUGAGGUAGCAGGGUGUAGAACGCUGGAUAGUUUUUUUCAGGUCAGUUGGAAAUUCGCCAAUACACCGCCAAAGGAGAACAAGAAUUCAUAAUCUGACACUAGCAGCAUGUGAAGAACAAGUGAAGAGCUUCAGCUUAGAAUGCAAAACGAUGGCGUUUCUUCAUCAGAAGUUCUAAGUUUUCAAAGUGUGCCGUUUUACUUCUUUUAUGUUUUAAGUUUGUAGUACUUAAAAUGAUGUUGCUCAUGUCGUUUUUAGCUUGGCUUAGUUAAGUCCUAUACGCUUCAUUAUAGUGUCGUUUUUGAGUCUGUUUUAAGGCUUAACAGCCAUGGCUUUCUGUUUCAAUUUUUUACUGUUGGUGGUCAUUGGUUUGUGUGUAGUUUGUUGCUGUGAUCCGAUUUGUCAGGAAAUGUUUUUGAAUUGUUAGAGUAUAUAUACAGGAAAUGAAAUGAAAUGAAGAGCUUCUUCCAGUAAGAAAUUUUCUGUUCA